UGGGCGGCUCCUCGGCGGGUGGCGGUGGUGGCCGUAGCGGUUCCUCCUGGCCCUGUUAAUGUCGGGGCCAGGCCCGGGGAGGAUGGCGCCCUAGAGCCCGGCCUCGCUGGGGUAGGGGCGGGAGGGGACGGGGUGGGCACCGGCCAUGUCGGAGGUGACCCGGAGUCUGCUGCAGCGCUGGGGCGCCAGUUUUAGGAGAGGCGCCGACUUCGACUCUUGGGGCCAGCUGGUGGAGGCGAUAGACGAGUAUCAGAUAUUAGCAAGACAUCUACAAAAAGAGGCCCAAGCUCAACACAAUAAUUCUGAAUUCACAGAAGAACAAAAGAAAACCAUAGGCAAAAUUGCAACAUGCUUGGAAUUACGAAGUGCAGCUUUACAGUCCACACAGUCUCAAGAAGAAUUUAAACUGGAGGACCUGAAGAAGCUAGAACCAAUCCUAAAGAAUAUUCUUACCUAUAAUAAAGAAUUUCCAUUUGACGUUCAGCCUGUCCCCUUAAGAAGAAUUUUAGCACCUGGUGAAGAAGAGAAUCUGGAAUUUGAAGAUGAAGAAGAAGAGGGCGGUGCUGGAGCAGGGUCCCCAGACUCCUUUCCUGCUCGAGUGCCCGGUACUUUAUUGCCAAGGCUGCCGUCAGAACCGGGAAUGACGUUACUCACUAUCAGAAUUGAGAAAAUCGGUCUGAAGGAUGCGGGGCAGUGCAUCGACCCCUAUAUUACAGUUAGUGUAAAGGAUCUGAAUGGCAUAGAUUUAACUCCUGUGCAAGAUACUCCUGUGGCUUCAAGAAAAGAAGAUACGUAUGUUCAUUUUAAUGUGGACAUUGAGCUCCAGAAGCAUGUUGAAAAAUUAACCAAAGGUGCAGCUAUCUUCUUUGAAUUCAAACACUACAAGCCUAAAAAAAGGUUCACCAGCACCAAGUGCUUUGCUUUCAUGGAGAUGGAUGAAAUUAAAGCGGGGCCGAUUGUAAUAGAACUAUACAAGAAACCCACUGACUUUAAAAGAAAGAAAUUGCAGUUAUUGACCAAGAAACCACUUUAUCUUCAUCUACAUCAGACUUUGCACAAGGAAUGAUCCUGACAUGGGUGACCUGGAACGUCUGUGAAUCCUACCACUCAGUAGAGACCAUCCCAGCUCGUGUAGCACAGCCCCCUCUGCCAGGCAGGAAGCAGGCCGCGCCCACGCCGGGAGGCCAGAGCGAGUCCGCAGAAUUCACAGUCCGCACGCCGCUGACACGGACGACCCCUUUGGAUACAGGCUUGUUGUAGUUUUGAAACCUGUUUUUACUUUUCUAGUGUUUGUGCAAUUCGUAGUCUCUCUUCUAACUUACCGCCGUUCCUGCCCUGCUUCCUGGAACAACACUGCUGUCGUAGGAUGUGCUCACCUUCGAAACUAAUACAGCAAUAAGAUUGUGCUAGAAUGUACACGUCGGUUCACUUCUGCUCCAGUAUGCUUUUUUGGUUUUUUGAGUUAACGCCAGACUUUGGGCUGAUGUGGGUGGGAUGGUGUGAAACUUUCCCGAGAGGAAUUGGACCAGAUUUUGCUGCCCAGGGAGGUCAGUCUGGAAUUGUAUAGGCGGCUCCUCAGACGUGGCCUGAAUUCACCCCGAUCUCUAGUUCUCCUGUUUAGAAAUCGUGUGCCUUGGCCGGAUCGGUGUCCCCUGUGGGAGCGUUCCAGAUGACCGGGUUGCUUUCGAGAGCGCGGAUUUGUGGUCCAGCCGAUGAGCGGGUCCGCUACGUCACACACACCGCUGUUCUGAGGGCGAUUCCAGCGUUAACGGUGGAACCGUCUCAGAACAACUGCAGGUGUUUGGACGGCUCCGUAACGUCUUCUGAGUCGUGUUAACCCGAGUCCGAUGCUGACGAGACACUGCAGGAAUAAUUGCUGUUUUUCUGACAACUGAUUGUGAAACCUUAAAGCCUGCACCCCUCUUCUUCAAGUGGGGAGCGUGCAAAACCUGGAGCUCCUCUGUGGUUUCUUUACGUAGGUAGAUAGGAUCGCCAUUUAUUUCCUAGAUAUACUGACUUUCAUCCCUAGGGAAAUACGCAGGUCAUGAGCUUAUUAUAAUUGGACUAUUUACAUUACUUUUGACUUAAUGGGGCGUAAAUAAAACUUCCAGACUACACCCGAGGUAGAUAUUUGAUACACAGAACAGUAAGGCUUGGGGUGGGCUUUCUGUGGGUCAGACGUAGAACCCACAUAUUUAAUACCAUUUUAAAUGCCCAGUGCUAGCAUGAGGGGAAUGCAGCGCCAGUCCUUGGCCUGUUUUUCAACUAGCCGAAGAACCCUGGGUGUCCCUUCAGCGUUUGCUUUUUAGAAUAAGUAGCCACAAUGAAGUGUUCUAGCCCUUGCACUUCUCGAGAGCUGGUCUUUGCCUUCCGUUGUCUGUCAGUUCUGUUCCAAGAGGGGGGUUAUAAACUGUGAGCCUGGAGGAAUUCCCAGCCAAAUUAAUCCUCUCUCUCGUUUUGAUUAGACUAAUCCCAAGAUGAUUCAGUCCACGAUAGCUCGAGGGGAAGAAUUUGCCUUAAUAAAUUACCUUGCUGUUCACUCAACCCUCAGAGCGGGAGCUGUCGGCCCCCAGACCGUCAGCUCCUCAAGGGGCAAGAACCACAUUUUCUCCAAGUCAUGUAAACGUCCUGAGGUGCUUGACGGCACGCUGUAGCCUGGAGAGCACGCAGUCCCUUCUGUUCGAUGUUGCUGACGAGACCGAGAAAAUAAUCCCGUGAAGUACCUACUAUUAAAAUGUAGCAAAACUGAUACAUUGGUCUUUCUCUUUUCUCAUAGACCGUAAGACAUGUAUGUCAGUGAUAACUUAUAUGAAGGAACAUCUCCUGUCAUUCACAUAAAUGGUCUGUAUGAACUACAGUUGCCUUUCACACCAGUAUUAAAGAAGUUUAACGGAUGCCGUGAUUAGCCGAGCUUUAAUUCAGACCUGAACGGAAUGACAGAACAAGUGAUCACCUUGAAGCAGUAGACACAGAACACGGUGCUUCCCACCAACUACUUUUCACUUUCCAAUGAAAAAACUCAGCUAUUGAACGGUCACUGUGGUCGAAAUGCUUUCAGGCCGAAACACAGCUGCCUCAGAAACACGCUGAGCCGGUGACGGCUUCUGGAACGGCUGGAGCCCAGGGACCCCCUCCCCCACCUCCACCCCCCAGGCGCUGGGCUCCCCUGGACCCUGCUGCGGCGGCGGUGCCGUCCGAGGCUGGGCUGGGCGCCGACUACGGCAGGCUCACAGCGGCUCGGGUGAGCCAUAGGUACUCGAGUUGCUCUACAGGUCACGGACUGCAGAAAUAGGAGAUACAGGACAGACAUCAGAAAAAGUUCACGGUAAAAAAGACUGGCUCUGAUUUUAAAAUAGAUCUAAUGCACCUUUCCUACUUGCUUCUCUCUCCUAGCAGGUAUGACCUAUAUUCUAACAAGACAUCGUAUGAACUGCCUAAUCGUAUGAACUGCCUAAUUUUUGUGUCCAGAGACCGACAUAUUCAAAAGUUGCAUUUGCGGACUUAAUCGUAUUUUACCCAGUUAAAAACAACCUAUGCUAUUAAGAAUGGAGGUGUUCCUCUUACGUUUCCUCUCUUGACAUGAAAUGGGAAGACCUACAUAUGAAUUUUCUUCCUGCGGAACUACUUCUGUAUUCCUUAAGAAUUUUGAAGAGUGGUUUUCUUUCAAUGGUUAUCUUCCUAAAGUGGUAUUUCUUAGUUUAGUACAAAGAGAAAUCUUUGUAUCAGUUAA